CGACGACUGAAGGCGCACUAGCGACUCCACUCUUGCGAUUCUCAAUGUCUCCCGUUGCGUGGUCAAAUUGUUCUUCCAGCACCGUUGGGGCUCUGCAAUUUAAUCUCAAACCGGAGCCGUUUGUGAAGUUUGCCCCUGUUGUGCGGCCUUCAAUUUGUUCCAAACCGCCCCGGCGGUUGAUGCUGACCAAGUCGAGCCGGGAUAAUAACGGGCCUGGAAGCUCCGGACUGUUGAAAAAGAUGGGCAGGACUUGUGCUGAGUGCGAGGCUGCCGUAGUAGCCGGAAACACGCCGGAAGCACCUCCAGUGCCGCCUAAGCCGGCCUCUCCUGCUGGUACCCCUGUAGUUUCUUCCCUCCCACUAAGUAGGCGCCCGCGCCGCAAUCGUAAGUCAGCUGCAAUGAGGUCUGCUUUCCAAGAAACAACUUUGAGCCCGGCGAAUUUUGUGUAUCCUCUUUUCGUUCACGAGGGUGAAGAAGAUAUGCCUAUUGGGGCCAUGCCUGGAUGCUUUAGGCUUGGGUGGAAGCGUGGACUUGUUCAAGAGAUCUCAAAGGCUAGGGAUGUUGGUGUUAACAGUGUAGUGCUCUUCCCAAAAAUUCCAGAUGCUUUGAAGUCUUCGACAGCCGAUGAAGCCUACAGUGAUAAUGGAUUAGUCCCUCGGUCUAUUAGAGUGCUUAAAGACAAGUUCCCUGAUCUUCUUAUCUACACUGACGUCGCUCUUGAUCCAUAUUCCUCUGAUGGGCAUGAUGGUAUUGUUAGAGAGGACGGAGUUAUAAUGAAUGAUGAAACUGUGCAUCAGUUGUGCAAGCAGGCAGUUAGCCAUGCUAGAGCAGGAGCAGAUGUUAUCAGUCCUAGUGACAUGAUGGAUGGUCGGGUUGGAGCUAUUCGAGCUGCUCUUGAUGCUGAAGGAUAUAAUGAUGUGUCUAUAAUGUCCUACACUGCAAAGUAUGCAAGCUCCUUUUAUGGUCCGUUCCGAGAAGCACUGGAUUCCAAUCCACGUUUUGGAGACAAGAAAACUUAUCAGAUGAAUCCAGCAAAUUUUCGUGAAGCGUUGGUUGAGAUGCGGGAAGACGAGUCUGAAGGAGCUGACAUUCUCUUGGUGAAACCAGGUCUGCCUUACUUGGAUAUUAUCAGGCUUCUUCGGGAUAGAUCUCCUUUACCCAUAGCUGCAUAUCAGGUUUCUGGGGAGUACUCGAUGAUUAAGGCGGGAGGGGCUCUGAAAAUGAUAGAUGAAGAAAUGGUGAUGCUGGAGUCGCUAAUGUGCCUUCGGCGAGCUGGUGCCGAUAUCAUAUUGACAUAUUUUGCUUUGCAAGCUGCUAGGUGCUUGUGUGAUUGCUGAUCUGAAGUGGCUGCUUGUAGACGAAGGACACUCGGAUCUGUACCAAAAAUAGCCAUGAAAUCGCAGGGUUAGAAUUUAUAUUUAUAUAUAAAUACGAGAUUGAACUAACAACUCUGCUUUGGUUGUGGUUGCUUGGAAAUAUUCAGCCUUCUUAAACUAGUGAGUACAAAUAUACGAUGCUAAGUAAUGGGAGCACAAUAAUUUAUUUGGAAUGUUGUGUUGUAAAUGUGUGGUAAAGCUAGCAAGCAUUAAGCUCACUCAUUCAUAUCCUUGUAUUAUUAGCUAGCCAUUUGUAAUAAUCAAUCAAGAAACAUGAGCACAACAAUUUUGCAAUGUAUCUCAUUCGUUACAAUGAAGGCCGGGAGUAGUAAAUCAUAAACCUUUCU